UACAGACUCACGGGACCGGACGCGCAGCAGGCAGCCAUCGAAAAACCGCCGUAGAUCAAAACAACACGCCUAAGCGGUAUCAGUGUGAACACGCGGCACACACGGUGGGACAAACUGCUUGCGGCCAGUUAAUUAUUAGUUCAAGUGCAUGGUCCACCUGGGUGCUUUGUCAUGCAGCGUGACACCAGUAACUCCCUUCAGUACGGUUGUGAAUUGUCGCCGCGCUACGUCUGCGAAGACGGCGACGUCGUACUGGUCUCGUAUCCUGGCUGCGGCGUCCACUGGCUCCAACAGAUCGUCCAGCUCAUCCUCAACUAUGGACAGAGCGCGCAGGACUACGUCGAGUUCGCGAGACGCACGCCGUUCCUGGGUAGACUUAUUGCUGGAGGCAGACGAAGUCAGGAUUCCGACUUCGUCGUUCCAAAGGGGCCGCGGACGCUGAAGACUCACGCGCAGAUACUUGGCGGCGGCGUUUCGCUCUCUAAGGUCAAGUACGUCUACGUGGCCCGCAACCCUUGGGACUGCUGCGCCUCCCUCUACCACCGGGUCAUGUUCAACCGCUCGACGACGUCGUCAGCCCACGUGGUCCCGCGUUCCAACUUCGACGAGUUCUUCGAUCUCUUCGUGACGGGCAAGUUCAGCUUCGGCGAUUACUUCGACCACGUUCGGUGCGCUUACGAGCACCGAAAAAAGGAGAACGUCUUCUUCGUUACGUUCGAGGACCUGAAAGCGGACAGGGAGGCCGUCGUACUGAAGCUGGGCCAUUUCCUGGGCGUAGAGUACGGCGAGACGCUGGAGAACUGCGACGACGUGUUUGAGAACGUCUGCGAGAAGUCGAGCUUCGAUUACAUGAAGCGAGUGUACGGCGCUCGAACAGAGCAGGGUUCGGAUUCGUCGGCAGUUGCGUCGACGUCGCCUCCAGUGGUGGCAGAAGACAUCUUCGUGUCUGGGUCUGACGGCUUCUUCAAGUUCCUGCAAGAUGGCGACCACUUCUGCCGCGCUCUUCGGUCGGGCAAAGUGAACGACUGGAAGGAACUUUUCACCCUGGAGCACCGAGACAGGAUGAAGGCGAGGAUAGCGGAAAAGACCAAAGGGUCCGACUUGAUGAGCCUCUGGAGACUUCAGUCCAAAUACAAGUGCUUGGCAGCGUAUUCGUGAGGUGAUG